UUAUUAGGUUAAUGUUUGUUUUGAACCCACAGUAGCAUACACAAUACUUUCAAAUUCCUUUUCGUAUUCUUACACAUUAUAAUUUUAUUUCUUUGCAGUGUGUUUAAGGCUGGUAUCUAUGUAACAAUGAUGUUUGAAGUGCUAAGAACUCUUCUAGUGGUUUUCGCAGUCUUUUCUCUUCUUUUGUUUGCGUUUGCUUUGGUCUUCCAUGCGCUGCUGUCAAGACAAGCAAACGCGUCAAGGGCCGGUAUCAAGCUUGAACAGGACGGUGAGGACCCCUUUGGCACGCUAGAUCUGUCGAUAUUGAAAGUGUUGGAUAUGAUGAUCGGCGAGCUGGAAUACAGCACAUUUUUUGUCGACAAGACGCUAUAUCUCCCUGAUCUGACGAGAUUUAUUUUUGCCGUAUUUUGUGCUUUGAUACCGAUAGUCUUCAUGAAUUUAUUGAUUGGUUUGGCUGUGGGUGAUAUUGAAUCGAUUCAGAAAAAUGCAGAAUUGAAGCUGUUAGCGAUAGAGAUCGAGGAUGUGUACUCCUUUGAACGACGCCUACCAAACUGUUUACUUCGCCGUAUACACAAGUCACGCGUCACAAAGUAUCCCAAUAGACGGGGCUGGCGGCAGAAAGGAGUUAUGAAUAUUCGCAGAUUAAUAGCAGGAAUGAAGGAUAACUUGGCCUUUGAGCAGACAGAUUGUGAAAGUUUUGAGCAAGCGGCUGCAUCUGUCUGCCACAGAAUGGAUGCCUUGGAGCAAAAGGUGGACAAACUAAGUGCUACCAUUGAAAACCAGACAGAGAUGUUGGAAAAAGUUUGCAAGUUUCUCGCAGCUAAAGAGACUAUUGACAUCCCACCGAGUCACCCCGCAACACUUGACGUCAAGCUGUGAGAAGAAACUGCAGAUAGCUAUGCGACUCAUUAAGUUCCGCUACACGAGCCAGUGUCCGAGGAAUAAAUUUGGAGUUCUCGAGAUGAUAGCUGAAGUACCGCACAACAAAUGCCCCUACCUUUGAAUCAAUAUGCCGUUGUCUCCACAGCUAAGACUUAGCAUCAAUCUGUGACCAGGUUCAACAAGGUUACCCACUAAGUGAAAAUGAAACAAGAUAAAUGUGCUACAAGCUCACAGUGGAAACUUAGGGAGUGUCUAACACUUUCUUUCCACAUUUUUUAUUCCUGAGAAACUUUAAUAAUAAAAUUUGGAAGCAAGUCGGAAA